AUGAAAUUUGUGCUGAACUGGAUACUCCUUUACCUUGUAGCCUGCGGAACUUCAUCCAAAAAUGCGCAACACAAAAGGGAGUACACCGUGAGACAGAAGAACUGGGUGGGCACCCCCCAUUCUGUGAUACUUUACAAAAAGUGUAAAAAUAAAAAGAGGAACUUCGGGGACAACCUGCAAAAUUUUCCAAACAGAAAAUGUUUCCCCAAAUGGGAAAGGGAAAAUGAAAAAAGUGGAGUGCCAAUCAGGAGAGUGCUUAACAAUAGAGCGUUCCUCCACAACGGAACGCUUCUCAACCAUGGGGCGCCUGUUAUCAAAAUGCGUUUUGCCCCCAAAAGAGGAAAACCGAGCAGCCAUUUGGGGCCCAUACAGCAAAUGAGUAGCGCAAACCAGAAGGUACAUCCUUUUGUAGUACCAGGGGACACACAGCAGAGUGAAGUAAACGCAGAGAAAAGCAUCUUCUCAAGCCUAUAUUCCCAAAUGCUUGAAAAGAGUAAGCAUAAAAAUAACAUAUUAAAUGAUGUAAGCAAACUUUUUAAGGUAAUACGAGAGUGUAAACACAUAUUUUUUUUAGGCUUCCUCCUAACGAUAAUUUCCUCAGUAGUCGAUUCGUACAUUCCGAUCUUUCUGUCCAGAACGAUAACCUACGUGAUGAAUAAAAGUGUUGUAGUUUCCCAAGGGAAAUACACACCAAUUGUGAAUUCCUUCCUUUCCAAAUUCCCAUUCAACAACCCCUUCUACGCAUAUAUAUCUGUUUCUCUGAUCAGCUUAUUACUUUCUUCCGUACGGUCGUAUAUCUUUAACAUAUGCGCAUAUAUAAGCACGAACAAACUGCAGAAUUACCUAUUUAGAGUGUUGCUACAUAAGCACAUUAGCUACUUUAAAAAAAGGGGCAAGGGGGAAUUGAUUAGUAGACUAAACAUUGACUCCACUGAACUGAUCGACAUAUUUACAACAAACAUGAUUGUUCUCUUACGAAAUGUAAUAAAGACAGUAUUGUCCUUUUACUUUUUGUACAAAAUUAAUGUGUACCUCUUUGUGGUGUCUCUUUUCAUCGUUCUAACCAUUACUAACAUAUCAAUAUUUUUCUCUAGCAUAUUUCGCAAACUCGCAAAAGAAGAAAGUAACGUCGUGGCAUACUCAAACAAUAUCGUAGAAGAAUCCAUUGAUAAUUUAUCCCUCAUAAAUAGUUUUAACACACACAGGAAGGAGAUUACCAAGUUUAAUCGCUCCUUAGAUGCCAUAUAUACCAGCAGAAUGAAAUUAGGUCUUCUCUACAUUAUAGAAAAGCUCCUAAUCAGAUUAAUAGACAUGAUAACACUUGUAGUCACCCUGGUAUUAAGCAAAAAGACGUUAAAGAGUAACAUCCACGUAGAUUCCAGAACUGCCAUAUCGUCGGUUAUGUACAUGCAAAACAUCAUUGCACAGUCAUGCACCAUAGAACAGCAAUAUUCCAGAGUGCAGGAACUCAUAGGAAAUGCCGAAGAUAUUAUAAAGAUGAUUGAAAAGGAUUCGGCCCGUGGUAACACCAGCAGGUUUGCAUCGAAUAAGUGUACCGGCCUAAAUUUCCUAAACUUUUUGGACUUAAAAAAUACCAUCUUUAAAUAUUCUCUUAUCAAAAAAUUUCAAGCCAUCCAAAAAGACGCCGAAUACGUUACCACUCAUGUUAGGCCCAAUUAUUUAAAACUCUUCGAAAGGAACUAUAACAACCUGCGAAAGUUUUUACCCGACUAUAAAUGCAGCUUGAGGGAUGAUUCAGGGGGUGAACUCCCCUAUAUCGAAGAAAAAAGCGUUGAAAAUUCCACUCUUGGAAAUAUUCGCGACAAUGUAACGAAUAAUCACCAUGCAAGCACAAAUAGGACGAAUAACACCACGUGUAAUGAAUUCCCCCCAUGUGAUCCCCCCCAGGAGGUGGCAACUUCGAACCUUGCCGCUAACGAGGCGAUGAUGGGGAAAGACCCCAUUACAAUGUUGAAGGGACAGAUUCAGUUAGGUUCUCCUCCUCCCCCACCUCUAACCGGCACAUAUGACACCCUCAACACGGGCGAAAAAAUUGCGCCCAAAUUAAAAAAAAAUAAACCCCAAAUGAACAUACAAGAAAUAUAUAGCUACAUAAAAAACGACCAUCAACUUAUAAUCAAGCAAAAGCUGGACAAAAAAUUUAUACAUUUCCUAAAAACGAAAUAUAAGAAAAAUAUUAUAUCGUUAAUUUUAAAGUUAUAUGAAGAGCGACACCAAUCUGUGAGUGAGGAACUCCUUUUCAUGUUUGACAAUGUCGGUUCAUUCAAGAGGCUAUCCAUGCACGAUAAAAAAAGCAUCCUAAAAAUGAGCAACAUAACGAACAACACACUGUAUGUCAUAUUGCUCACUUUCCUCUUUUACAACUACUCGAAAUUUUACUACAAGAGGAAGAAAAAGACUCCAGUCAAUCUGCUGGAGAAGAAGUCGAAAAUGGGAUUGGCUACCUCAACCUCGAGCAAAACCCUUUCCCUUGACUGCGUAAAUGAUGUGGACCACGUAACCCUAGAUGGCAUCAACAUGAAUGACGUUCUGAGCGACACCACCAUCACGGAAAUGCAACAGGAUAAUGCACACAACGCAUGUAACAACGAAGAUGGCGCCUUGGAUUAUAGCAAUACAGUGACCAACUCAGGUGACAAAGAAAACUUGGAUGACUCACUCAAACAUAGUGAAGUGAAUACCUCCAUCGAAAUUGAAGAUAACGCAGAAGCAGCUUCCAAUAUUCGCGCAGCAGAACCUACCCACACAUAAUUGGAAAUUUUAAAAUUUAUCGACGAAAAUUACAAACACAUAAACGAAAACUUAAUCCUAGAUAAUGUCAAAGACGACAAAAAGGGGAGUAGCUUAAUUUUCGAAAAUGUAGAUUACUACUAUGCAAAAUUUCCAAAAAAUAAAAUUUUGUCAAAUAUUAAUUUGAAUUUCACUAAUAAGUAUAUCUACGGAAUUCUCUGUUAUAAUGACAGCGGGAAGGAUGAUCUGUCCAAGUUGUGCACACGGCUGUAUACCAAAACGUAUGGGAAUAUUCUCUUAGACAAUGAAAAUAUAGAAAACAUCUCCAAGUACAUACUGACAAGGAAAAUUUCCCUAGUGGAGGAAGAUACCUACCUGUUCAGCGAUAGCAUAAUCUACAACAUACUGUACUCCUACAAUUGCAGGACAAAGGCAAAUAAAUAUUUGUCCUACUUCAAUUACACUUUUGGGUUAAAUAAAAACAGCAUAAACAGCUGCGUACAUUUGUUCCCAUCGGAUGGUGACCUCCUCGGGGUGAAUGAGGAAAAAGCUGAGAAAAAGAUCCAAGGAAUAAAUUCCCCCAGUAAAGGAGACCCUCCCCCUGCGGACACCGAAACGACGCAAGCGAACUACCCCUCCCCUCAAUUUAAAAAAUGCCUAAUGUGCGGGAAUGACGUAAAUAUGAAACAGCUCGAUGAGAAAAAAAAAAAAAAAAAAAGUUACAACAAAUAUAAAGUACAUUUCGUGAAGAAGUUAUAUAAAGAAAUUAUUAAGGUUUCCAAAAUUGUCUGCAUAGACGAUUUGAUCAGUUCCUACAAGGACAAAUUUUUUCACAACAUUAAUGAGAAAACUUUGUCAGGUGGACAAAAGCAAAAAAUUUCCCUAGCUAGGGCUAUCAUAAAAAAGCCCAAAAUACUAAUUUUAGACGAAGCAUUCAGCGCCCUCGAUUCUGCAAAUGAGUUGAAAAUUUUCUCAAGUAUAAAAAGUUACCUGCCCAACUCUACGAUCAUAAAUCUUUCCCAUAAAAUUACGACAAUUGAUCGAUGCGAUUACAUUUAUGUUUUGAAAGACGGGAAAAUUAUUGAGCAUGGUUUAAGGACCAAACUGAAGGAAAACAAAAACAGCGAGUACUACAAAAAGAUGAGCGAGUUUUAG